AUGCUGCGCGACUCGCUCUUCCCGGCGUGGAAGUUUUAUUAUGUCGACUACGCCAGCCUCAAAAAGUUCCUGUACGAGCGCACAGACAAGGGCUACACGGCCGACGACGAGGCCGAGUUUGUCAAUCUCCUCGAGGGUGAGCUCGACAAGGUCCACAACUUCCAGCAGACCAAGAGCGGCGAGAUGAAGCGCCGGAUCGAGUACUGCGAGAAGCAGGUCGAUCUCAUCUCAGAAAACAAGGCCCCUGUCGAGGCCAAGCGCGAGCAGCUGGAUGUGAUCGAGCGCGAAAUCGACGCAGUCAUCAGCGAGGUCUAUGAGCUGGCAAAGUUCACGCGUCUCAACUUUACGGCCUUCCUCAAGAUCGUCAAGAAGCACGACAAGAACGCUCCGUUUGUCCUGAAGCCGGUGUUCACCGUGCGCCUCAACAGCAAGCCCUUCUUCAAGGAGAACUUUGACGAGCUGCUGCUCGAGCUGUCGCGCCUCUACAAUAUCGUGCGCAACGGCGGCGUCGACGUCGACCAAGACAAGGACCCGCAGUCGGGCAAUGGCCAGAACUUUGUCCGCCAGACGACAAAGUACUGGGUCCACCCCGACAACGUGAUGGAGCUCAAGCUCUACAUCCUGAAAUACCUGCCGGUGCUGAUCUACCGCACCAAGGGCUCGACCAAGCCGCCCAACCCCGCCAUCACCAGCAUCUACUAUGACAACGAGGAUCUUGAUCUCUACCAGGGGCGCAUCGAGAAGAGCGAGGGCGCCGAGGCCAUCCGUCUGCGCUGGUACGGCGACAUGGAGAGCAACGAGAUCUUUGUCGAGCGCAAGACCCACCACGAGGACUGGACUGGCGAGAAGUCUGUCAAGGAGCGCUUCUCGGUCAAGGAGAAGUAUAUCCGCAAGCUGCGCGAGGAGGGCAAAAAGUCCGACCAGGACCUGCAAGACAUGGAGACCCUCUCGUACGAGGUCCAGGAGAGCGUCAGAAGCAAGCGCCUUGUUCCAGAACAUUCUAUAACCGCACCGCAUUUCAGAUCCCCGGGCGAUGCCCGCGUCCGCAUCUCGCUUGACACGGAGCUGAGCAUGGUUCGCGAGGAUGGCUUUGAUGGCAAGCCCCGUGCGGGCGACAACUGGCGCCGCAAGGACAUUGGCAUCGACUACCCGUUCUCGCAGCUGCCCGAGAAGGAUAUCUGCCGCUUCCCGUACGCCAUCCUGGAGGUCAAGCUACAGACCCAGUCGGGUGUCGAGCCGCCGCAGUGGGUGCCCAAGUUCAGCAAGUUCAUCCACGGCGUGUCGACGCUGCUCGAGGAUCGCGUCGACGUGUUCCCGUUCUGGUUCUCGCAGAUGGACCGCGACAUCCGCAAGCCCGUCAGCCGCGAUAUUGGCAUCUCGCGCACCUCGAGCCCGCGCGCCAGCAUGACCGAUAUCGAGGGGCUGACUCCGGCAUCGCGGGUCCAGCACAAGGGCGACAGCCGCACACAGGCGCCAUCCGCACACUACUCGGAUGAGGAGCGCAUGGUUGGCGAAGAGACGUCGCUGCUGCGCAACCGUCGCAGGGAGCGCCGGAGACAGCGCAGCCGCGACUCGGGAAUGUCGAGAUUCAUCCGCUCGCUGAACCCGUUCUCGCAGGCGCGCAAGUACGAGCCACUGCCCAGCGAUGCUCCGUUUGCUGCCCGCCAGCCGACCAACGCCAGCACAAGUAAGCGUAUCGCCGUGCCCGUGCGCGUCGAGCCCAAGGUGUUCUUUGCCAACGAGCGCACGUUCCUGUCCUGGCUCAACUUUGCCAUCGUGCUGGGCUCGCUGGCUCUGGGCCUGCUGAACUUUGGCUGA